UUAGUUCAUUAACUGGUAAGGUAAAAACUUUUGAAAAAAACAAAAUAAUAAAUCUUUAACAAUGUCGAUUGAUGAUUCUCUAUUGAACCUCAAUACAACAGAACAAAACAAAAAUAUAGAUAAAUCAGCCGUCGGAAAUCGUAAAAAAAAUCUCACUGACUAUUUCGUAACAAGAACUAAUGAUCCAAAAAAGAAAAUGGUUUCCAAGUUAAUCCAAGUAAGCUUAGGUGUAUGUAUGUCAGAUGAUGAUUUCAGUGUGGAUUUACCAUCAGAAAAGUACUGGAAUUUAGUUGCUGAAAAGAAACGGAUAGAUUUAAAAGAUGCUCUAGAUGAAAAUGAGAGAUUACAUAAAAUUAAACAGUCCUUAUUGGAAAAAAACCUCCAUUACAAACAAAUGCUGGAAGAAGCUAACAGUUUUAUUGAUGUGUUUAAAGAAGUUGUGCGGGACACAGCUGAUGACACCGGUAUAGAUGUAGCUGAUUUUAAUGAAUCAAUUGAAUAAGGAAGACUGAUAAUGUAAAAGUUUUUGUAACAAGUCAUGCUUACCAUCCUGGUGGCCCACUUGUUCUGUGUCUGUUUCCCAAAGAUGAAUGGUUUAGUUUUGACAUAGCUAAACAAAUCUAUUAUUUGUAAUUUCUAAUUGAUACUUAAUAACAUUCAGAGUUAUAAAACUAGCAAAAAAGUUGCCUGUGUGAAGGAAUAUUGUUUGUUCUGGCUAAGUAGUUAGGAACUGUGAAAAUAUUCUAUUAAAUAUAGUGCCAUUGUUGAUGAGAAUCAAAUUUAUCAUGUAAUCAUAUCAAUAUGUUUGACUAGGUAACAUAUAAACUAAACAGUUCACAAUUAAUUUCAGGAAAGAUUUUGAAAAUUGAUAUGUUUUUUUAAUCAACUCUAUAUUUAAGAAAUAACAAUAAUAUUUUAUGUGUUAAUAUAAUUUGUAAUUUUAUAAUAUCACAAUUUUUUCUUAGGAUACAAUUCCUUUAUUAUAUUACUUCAAUGA